UGCUCGUAGUUCUCAUGGUGAUGGAAAGAAGAGAGGGUCAAGACUGGGGUUCAGGCCCCCUGUGGUAGGCCAGCCUGUCUUCCUGUCUCUUGAGGCUGUGGGGGUACCACUUAGCUCCUAUGUCUGGCUAGGGUGUUCAGGUGGAAAGCCUGCUCACUUGCUUCCUGGGUGUCUCUCCUGUCAGCUGACUGGUGUGUCAGGUGGGUUAUGGGGAGGGACAGUGUCAGUGGCAUGGCAGAUGAUGGAAUGAGAGACACACUGGGAGGGUGUGCCAUGGGGACAUGGAGGACUUGAGGAGUCCCUGAGCCGGGCCCACCCUGGACUUGGCUUUCCUAGCCUGUGUUCUGCAGACAUGUAACACUUGAGCAUACAGGAAGUAGGUCUCAAAAGACAUGGCCUGCCUCCACAUAUCUCUGUCUUUUCUGUAUCCCCCCAUUUCUCUCCUCAUCCCUUCAGGCCUGUGUGGGUCUCCUUCCUUCUUUUCCCACGUCUGUUCCUGCUGAGACCCCAGAAGAGUUGCCCUUCCUGCCUGAUGUGGCCUGGCUGUGCACAGGCUGGGUCACCGGGAACCAAACCCUUAUGGUUCCACUUUUGAAACAGUUCUUAGAAGCCAGGGGGGCAGGGCUGAGACCUCAUCAGCACUGAUGCAGGGGGAGGUCUGCAGGGAUGGAGAGCAUCCUCGUUGCCAAUGGCUCAGGAGAUGGGCUGCCGGGGAUCAAGCAGGAGAAGCCAGAGUGGCUGCUGCAGACUGCCGUGUCUCAGGCCGCGCUUCCGGAGAAGGACAAGGAAAACAUAUUUCAGCAGCAGGGCGUCCUCCCACCGUGCCAGACCGUGGGGCGGCCCUGGGCUCUGGGGUCACAGGAGGAGAUUGGAGGUGCAUGGUGGGUCCCACCUCCUGAGCAGACUACUCGAGUUCCGGGGACAGCUCCAGGCCCUCUGAGCCCGGCACUUCCUGCGGGUGGGGGUCACUUCGUGUGUGUGGAUUGUGGGAAAAGGUUCAGCUGGUGGUCAUCCCUGAAGAUCCACCAGCGCACACACACGGGCGAGAAGCCUUACCUCUGCAGCAAGUGUGGCAAGAGCUUCAGCCAGAAGCCUAACCUGGAGCGCCAUCAGCGCCACCACACCGGCGAGAGGCCCUUCUGCUGCCCAGAGUGCACAAGACGCUUCAGUCAGAAGCAACACCUACUCAAGCACCAGAAGACGCACUCUCGCCCCGCCACCCACGCGUGUCCAGAAUGCGAGCGCUGCUUCCGGCACCAAGUGGGCCUUCGCAUCCAUCAGCGAGCGCAUGCCCGGGACCGCCUGGGUGCCCGUGUCAGCUUGCAGGAGAUGCUCCGGUAUGCUGCUGUGCGCCGCCGGGCCUACCGCCUGCGCCCUGGAUCCCCACGCGGGCGCUCCGAGUGGGUCUGGCUGGGGCUCUGCCAGGGAUGGUGGGGCCAGCACGGGGUACGGAUAGCAGCCCAUGGCCGCUUAGGUCCCAGUGAGCAGCGCCAGUUCAUCUGUAAUGAGUGCGGUAAGAGCUUCACGUGGUGGUCAUCGCUGAAUAUCCAUCAGCGCAUCCAUACAGGCGAGCGGCCCUACGCGUGCCCUGAAUGCGGCCGCCGCUUCAGCCAGAAGCCCAACCUCACAAGGCACCUGCGCAACCACACGGGCGAGCGGCCGCACCCAUGCUCGCACUGUGGCCGCAGCUUCCGCCAAAAGCAGCACCUGCUCAAGCACUUGCGCACACACCAGCCUGGCGCCCAGUCCGCAAGGUGCACCAGCUGUGGACAGAACUACCCCAGCCGUGCGGCACUGCGGGCCCACCAGCGAGUACAUGCCACAGCAGAGCUGCUGCGUUCGCGGUCUGCAGUCCAGGGGGGUGUGCCUGGUUCAGAGCCACAAGCUGAGACUGCCCGGAGUGUGGCUGUGAAGCCCCACGGUCCCCAGGGUGUCAAGGAAGUGCUGUGUGGUCAGAGGUGCGAGACCCUGGCUGCACCCAGUGAGCAGCGCCAGUUCAUCUGUAACGAGUGCGGCAAGAGCUUCUCAUGGUGGUCAGCGCUCACCAUCCACCAGCGCAUCCACACUGGUGAGCGGCCCUAUGCCUGCCCAGACUGCGGCCGCUGUUUCAGCCAAAAGCCCAACCUCACACGACACCGGCGCAACCACACCGGCGAGAGACCCUACCUGUGCACUGCCUGUGGCCGUGGAUUCCGUCAAAAGCAGCAUCUGCUCAAGCACCAGCGUGUGCAUCGCGGAGCUCAGGCGCCACACCGCCACCCAGAGGAGGAGGAAGAGCUGUAGUGUGUGCAACUCCCCCCCCACCCCCAGGCUACCCUCCCGCCCCGUGCAGCUAAUGGUGGUGGGUGGUAGAAUGAGUGCCUGCAGGGUGUUAUUUGGGGAACAGGAGGGCCAGGAAUGCUGACUCUUGAUGCUCCCCAAGUUAGAGCCCAUUGCAAGGCUCCUCAAGGUUCCGAGGCCCGAGGAUGGUAUUCCAGAAGCCUGAAAAGUGGCUAGUGGGGGAGGUGAGAUCAAAGUUCUGAGUGUCCGUGAUGGGAAUGUGUUCAUUAGUACACCAUUCAGAAUUGGCCCUCAGCUGUAGGCACCUUGUGAAAGGCUGUUGGGAUCCCUAGGAAAGCCUCCUUGUGUGAAAUGGCCUGGAACUGAUCAAUGGUAACACUGCCCUGUCACAUAGGCUACAAGAUGGUUAGCGGGGUCAUCCACAUGGGAAGAUGGUCACAGGCUCCAGGAUACCAGCAAUAGAGCAAAGGUUUUGGCUAGGAGGGGGUAAUUAUUUCCCCAGCACCAAGGACAGUGCCACCUGUGCGGUGUUGGAUAAUUUGAUGGUCUCUCUCCAACUGAGUGUCAUGGUGCUAGGUGUGGCAGACCCGGCCAUAGAACUGAUUGUGUGUAUGGUGACUAAGGGUUGCGCCACAGUCACAUGGUUUCAGCUGUAGCUUGGCUGCUUUGGAAAGUGGAUGUGCAAGGGUGGGCCAUCUGUUCCAUGUGUGUGGGUUUCUAUGGCUGACUUGGGUCCGUCCGUCCCCAUACUGGUGUUGGAGGAAAAUGAAGGACUGAAUAUUCCA